AUGUCCAACAUGGAGGACAACAAGAUUGACAAAGGCAACACUAUGUUGCAAAGCAAUGGUUCGUCCAGCGAACUAUCCAGCUCCAUAGGUCCCGAUGGUGGGCCUGUGUUGCUCGUUUACGGCAUCAUCAUUGUCAUGUUGGUCAGCAUUUGUGUUGGCAUCAGUCUGAGCGAACUUGCUAGUGCACUUCCGAACGCAGGAGGACAAUACUUCUGGGCUGCUCGAUUGGCUUCGAGAAAGUACGCCAGGUUCUCGAGCUAUCUAACUGGUUGGUUUUCCUGGGCUGGUGCUAUCUUCUCAUGUGCAUCAACUACUAUCGGAGUCGCAAGUGGACUAGUCGGCUGCUGGCAGCUCUCUCAUCCCGAUUACAUUGUCAAGGAUUAUCACGUCUUCGCGACUUACCUCAUUCUCACAUGGAUCUGUUUCUUGUUCAACUGCUACGGCAAGAUCUUACCCUCGGUCGCUACUACCGGCCUUUACUGCUCUCUGAUCUCCUUCGUUGUGAUUCUGGCCACUGUGCCCGCGACAGCACCCAAUCAUCAGUCUCCCAAGUUCGUUUUCGCAACUUUCAUCAACAACACUGGAUGGAGUAACGCCGGAAUCGCCUUCAUCACCGGCCUGAUCAACGCCAACUGGGCAUUUGCCUGCCUCGAUUGUGCAACUCACCUCGCGGAGGAGGUCCAUCAACCUGAACGUAUGAUACCGAUUGCAAUCAUGGGCACAGUCGCUAUUGGAUUUGUUACCAGCUGGUGCUUUGUUAUAUCCAUGCUGUUCAGCAUUAUCGGGGAUUUCCAGGAUGUCGCCAACAGCUUGACCAGAGUCCCAAUCCUUCAACUUUUCUACAACGCUCUGAACAACACCGCUGGAGCCAUCGUCCUCGAGGCUUUGAUCAUCUGCACAGGUCUGGGCUGUGUCAUUGCUGGACAUACUUGGCAGAGCCGCCUCUGUUUCUCAUUCGCUAGAGAUUCUGGAGUGCCUGGCCAUAAGUGGCUUCAGAAGAUUGACCCCAAGCUGGAUGUCCCCCUCAACGCGCAUUUCACGAGCUGUGUUAUUGUCACUGUUGUCGGCUGCAUGUACCUGGCAUCUACAGCUGCAUUCAACGCAAUGUCUAGUGCAUGUAUUGUUCUGCUCUAUAUCUCCUAUGCCAUCCCGGUUAUCUGUCUCUUAUGCAGAGGCAGGGAGCAAUCGCUCACUGGACCCUUCAAUCUGGGAAUAUUUGGCCUCGUCUCCAACUACGUCCUGCUUGCGUGGACGGUAUUUACAUUGGUCUUGUAUUCGUUCCCGACAUACAUGCCAGCAACUGCCGGAAACAUGAACUAUGUCUGCGUCGUAUACGCCGUUGUAUUCUUUAUCAUCGCGGUCGAUUGGACUUUCAGAGGCAAGAAGCAUUACAGAGGAGAGGAGGAGAGGCAGGUCGAUGUCGGGCAUAACAGUAUCUUUGUGAAACCAGGCCUGUCGAAUGCAUGA